AUGAUGAAGAAAUUAUGUAAAAAAAUGAAGAAAUAGAAUAAAAAUAAUAGUAAUAUGAAAAACCAAAUAGCAUUCAUUAACUAUCAAUUAAAUGAAAUAUUAAAUGAUAUUAACAAAAGAAGAUAAUUUUUAGAAUAGAAUAAAUACUAAAUAAUAGAUGAAGAAUAUAGAAAAGAUGGGCUGAUAUUUAAUUUUAAUACUAAAAAUGGUUCAGCUCUCAAAAUCAUGAUUUUACAUAGAAAAUAAUAAUUAUAAGAAAAUAUGAUGAAAAUAUUAAGUUAUUAAAAAAAUCUUAAAUAUUAAUCAUAAAAAGUAAUAAAAAAUAGUUUAAGAAAUAAUUGA